AUCUCUCUCAUGCAUUUAAAACAGCAGUAGGAGGUGAUGGGUGGUGGCAAAGUGGCAAAGCAAAAGGGGAGAGGCGUAAUAAAGAAAGGAGAAGAAAAAGAAAGAAAAAGGUUUCUUGCCAGCCAAUGUGAUGGUUUUAAUUCAUCAACACCACUAACUCACACUACUCAAAUCUCUCCUUCCCAGAUCAGAUGAAAUCUCUUCUUCCUCCUCAUCUCCUCUCAUUUUCUUAUUCUUCUUCCUCCUCUUCCUAUGUUCAAGCAACAUCCAAAUACCUCUCAAAAGCCCAGGAAACCUUGGUAUCAAAGAGCAAUGGAAAUGGCAUCACUAUGGAAAACCUUUUCCAGAUCAUCCGAUAUUCCUUCCACAAACGCCACAUUGUGGAAAACCAUCUCAACCACGGCAGUCACAGCCUCAGCCUCGGCUCCUAACAAGCAGAAGCUGAGGAAAUGCACUUCUCUGAGAGUGGCCUCCUCGUUCACCAGGGUCUGUUUAUGUGCACCAAUCUCUUCCUACACGGAAGUCUUCCAGUCCGACCUUCCACCAAGGAGAAGCUUCAGUUACCCGCGAUCAAAGGCGUUCCCCUCAGCACCCGAACCAUCAUUCAUAACUGCAAGACCUAGUAUGGAAGCAAGAAGAAUAUUUCGCGGAAAGUCUCUCAAGGAUGAUGUUUUGAUGAAGAGAUUUGUUUUGGAGGAGGAAGCGAUGAUGCAGAUUAAACGGAGGAAUGAGAUGGAAGUUAUUAGGAAAAGGAAUGCGAAGAGAAGGAAAAGACUUGGUCCAAGUCCACUUAGUAGAAUGGUAUUGGCAGAGGAGGAGGAGGAGGAGGAAUGAAGCCACUCUGAUCUUGCUUAUGAAAAUUUUCUUGUUCAAGUGCUAAAUUAUGUAUAUUUGAUUUCAGCUUGAGAAUGAGAUUGUCUCAUGUCGAAUUGUAACUCUUGAUGGGCAUGCCAUUUUCCAAAUUCUUUUCAGGCUUGGAAUUUAA